CAAUAAACUGAUAUACUAACUGCAUAGUGUCAACUAACCUAUGUAUUCGUUUAUAAUUUUGGAAUUUUUUUGUGUAGUUGCCCCAAAUUCCAUCUUUAUCCAUGGAUCCCUUAUUCCUCCGAUUGAGAACCCAUUUUUCUGCUAAAUCAUGACAAAAAUCUCGGGGGAACGAUCGGGAGAAGCAUCUCGAGUUGGACGCCGUAGCCUCAAACCAAGCAUCUGAUCUGAAUUUUACGACAAAUCCGACCCACAGGUCUUGAUGAGUUUCAAUUUGUGAGUGAAACAACUAAAGAGCUACAACGACUGCUACUUAAAAAAAGGACGCUCAAUCCGAAAGGCAAGCUAGGGCAUUCGAAUCAGUUGAGGGUUUUGCCGGAACCCUUGUGUGCUUAAUUUGUGAUUUUGCCAAUUGAGGUAACUAAACGGUUUAACUUCAAGAAAACAACGUAAACAACUAUGGACAAAUGUAGAAAAAGGGCGGGGUUAGAUUAGAUAACUGGAAAUUGGAAAUCGGAAAUCGAAAUUGAGAGAAAGCGGGUUGUUGGAGGAUGCCUCGUUUUAGAGACGAGCCCCUUGCGGUUCGCGCCUAUACAGUUUGCGAUGAGUCAAGGUAUUUGAUUGUGAGGAACGUCCCAGCCUUGGGUUGUGGAGAUGGCUUGCACAAACUGUUCUCCUCCUACGGGAACCUUGAAGAGUGUAAACCCAUGGAUGCAGAAGAAUGUGAUGAAUUCACAGACGUUUAUUUUGUCAAAUUUCAUUCGGUCACCAAUGCCAGGUUUGCAAAAAGAAAAUUGGAUGAGUUUGUUUUCCUUGGUAAUCGGCUCCAAGUCUCUUAUGCGCCUGAGUUUGAAAGCUUGGUUGAUACAAAGGAAAAGCUAGAAGUUAGGAGACGAGAAGUUUUAGCACGAUUGGAUUCUGGCAGACCAAGAGGAUCUGCAGUUAGUUCAACAACCGCAAAGCUUACAAAUCCUUCUCGCUCUAAUUAUACUCUUGAACAGAAGAACUCUCUUGAAAAUAGGAAUUAUGGAGAUGCAGCACUCAUUUCCAGUCCCCAUGUUUCUCAAAUGACAAGAGUUUCCUCUGACCAGGAUUACUUCGCAUCCGAAUCUAUGAAUCAAACUGUGCAUCUCGUCAGGGAAAAGCUUGAUAAGAUUCAAUCAAGCAGCGAACAUCUGCAAGCUGGACCAGCGAGCAAGAAAUCACGUCUGGACAAUAGGAGGAGAAUCUAAUGCUAGCUGGCCUCUUUAUAGAGACGGUUAGUAGGUGUCUCAACGUUGUAUCAAAAGCUAUUUUGACAUAUCGCAUACGCCGAUUUGCGGUGUACAAAUUGAACUGUUUGGCCUUUUAUUUCAAAGGUGAAAAAGGAAUAGUGCAUGCAACAAAGUUCUGUA